UAUUACAAAAUCGAAUCUUAGCUUAGAAUUUAAAGUCAGUCUCUGUGCUUUAAAUGAUUAGCGAUAAAAUCUAUAAUGUAUCAAAAUUACAAAAGUAAUCUCAAGCUUAUAGCGAAUUUCAAAUUGCGCGCCACGUGCUAAAUGCCGGAUACUUGAAAAUUGUGUGUGCACAUCAAAAAAGCAGAACUUACAGGAGAAGCAGCAACAGAGAAAAAAAUAAGGAAAAACCGAGUGAAGCAAUUAUAAACGAAAAACUUUCAACGAGAUAUUGUUCACAAUAUUGUUGAAUAUUUGCGUCAUUUUGGUUCUUUUAGUUUCUCUUUCUCUCAACUAAAACUAAACACACUCACACACACAUACACUAAUACUAGUGUAUAUCGUGAAUUAAAAACGCUUGCGUUGCAAAAGGAUUUUGCACUAAACAAUAUCAACAACAACAACCAGAAGGAAAAGAAGCAGAAGAAGCCGUUAUGGAUAUCUUGAAGAAAAUGUUCCAAUCGGAGUUAGAUCAGCAGCAGCAGCAGCAGGACGCCUCAUCGGCCUCCAACAAGGACGAGUUCCGCAAGCCGCAAUGGUUCGAGGAGGCGGAGACUGAUGAUGAGCUCUUCGAUGACGAUCGCAAGUUUGCGUUCCAAGUGUUUACGAGUCCUCUAGAGAUGCAGAAGCACUUUGAGCGUCAGUUGCAGCGAUUGCUUGAGGCAGUGCACGAAGAUGAAUCUGAUGCUGGUGUGGAGCGCAAUCUGCGCGAUGAGUUUCUGAAGCCUGGCUUUGAGAGCAAGAUUCUGAAGGAAUUUAACCGCAAGGAAGGUCCUUUGGACACUGAUCUGGAUGGGGAAAUCUAUGCGGAUCAGUUGUACUCGCUGAUUCAGCGCAUGAAUCCCGAGGAGGGCAACGACAACAACAUUCUGCGUUCGAAUCAACGACGCAGUUUGCCACGCGCCAAGAUGUCGGAUGAGGAGUUGAUCAUGGGUCGCAUUCACGGCACUCUCGGCAAGGAUGGCGACCAUCUCAAGUCGAAUGCGUUGCGUCCGUCGCCGCGUCCGCCGUCGAAUGGUAAGCCGAGCAUGAUGACGCCCAUGACUCCGUUUGGAGGCGGCGGCGGCAUCUUCGAUGGCAGCUACCAAGGGCCCAAGAUGUUUAGCCAGAGUGUCAUGACCAAGACGGUGCGCAAGCCCGAUGGCAGCUACGAGACCACCAAGGUCACUCAGGAUUCGUCGGGCCAAAAGACGACGACUGUGACACGCAUGAUCGAUGGCCGCCAGGAGACUGUGGUGACCAAUGGCAGCGGCAAUGAUAACUCGGGCGGAACGGUGGCCAGGAUUGGAGGCGGAGGAGGAGGAGGCGAAGCUUAUGCGAAUCGCAAUCUAUUUGUGACAAAAGAAGGCUACGCCAUGCCACGUAACCUCUGGUGACCAGUGGUGAACAACUAUUGCCCCAAUCAAGACCAACAAGACAAGCGAUCACUGUUGCUCCCACCCAGGCAGCAGCCACAACAACAACAUCAACAACAAUAUCAAGAGCGAUUCGUCCCACACAACAACAACAUCAACUACUACAACAAAAUCUACAUCAACUUUAUCCAAAUUAGAAAUUACUACAUUUUAGUUUACAUUCUCCUCAAUAUUUCUUGCUGUUUUAGAUGAGACGCAAUUGAGACAACAGAUGACGACGAUUAUUGAACAAUUAUUUGAGCAGCAUGUUGACUUCUCCUGCCCUCCUCCUCCACUGGAGAGACGGAGUCGUCUUAUCUGCUGCUGUUUCUGCAUUGUGAAUGUGAAAAGCUUCGAGCCGAGCCGAGAAUUCACUUUCAGUUCCCACAGCGCGACAGCGAAAGAGAGAAAGAGUGAGUGAGAGUAUUCUGCGGAAUCCCCUCGAGAGAAUCGAGGCGGAACAGUUCUGCUGCUGAAUGCUAAGAAAUUGAGUUUGGUCUGUGAACCAGGAUUUCUUUCAUUAUUAUUUUGAGUGUGUGCAAAGAUUAGCUAGCUAGUCUAGCUACAGCUGUUAUUCUUUUCUUUAGUUUUGUUUUUAAAACGCAUUCUUCGUAGUGCUAUCUGUGUCUCAAUGGAGCGUGCUCGACGACAAGAACGAGAAUAAGAAAACAGCAUCUAAAAAACCAAAAACAAAAACAUAAAAGUGCCCGCGUAGUAUUGGAAAAGAGAAACCUGAAAACCCAGCUUAUAAGGCAUUAUUUAUAAAUUCGAUUCGUUGAAUACGAUUCGUCCUCCUCAUCUUUAUGAUUUCGACCCCC